CACACUACCAGCAAUCUCUCAAUUCAUAUUUUUUCCCAUGUCGUCUUCGAAUUUUCAAGAAGCUCGAAUCGAUUUUCGGCGACGAUAUCCAAGAUUUUGAGGUCGAACUUGCAGAGCUGAAAUUCGCAUUCAAGGUUAGAUCUGUCUUGAAGCGACAUCACAGAACAGCAAAAAGAUCAAGGCGCAUAUCAUUGUCCAAGGAUGAUGGAACAUGACUGGGGGGAUGAAAUAAACUCCCUUUCGGGGUCUGAAGAGACAGAAGAAGAUCAUUGUCCAAGGAUGAUGGAACAUCACUUGGGGGGUGAAAUAAACUCCCUUUCGGGGUCUGAAGAGACAAAAAAAGAGGAGUCUGGUGGCGAAGAUGGCAAGGAAGAUCGGAGUUCGAAACACCGUGUGAAGUUCUGCGGUUACAAAAUCGACAUAACCGUUACGAACGAUGAACGUGAAGCUGGUAAAUGGGUUACAAAAGUUGAAAGUUACGGCCAAAAGAAGGGGCAUGAAACAUUUAUGGUCGGAUUAGAGGUGAAAUGUCAACUUAACUCUCCGAAAGUCCCAUCUCCAAUAACCAUUCUGCAGCUUUGCGUAGGAAGGCUUUGCCUCCUGAAUCAAAUCUAUCACGAGAAGAAAUCUUCAGAUGGCAUAUUUAGAGCUUUCCUACAAAACCCCAUGUAUACAUUUGUAGGGAUAAGUAACACUGUUGCAAAGAUUCAGCAACAGUAUAACGUCACAGUGCCAGUUACAAAAGACAUAGCUAUGGUGGCAUCGGAGAAGCAGCCUGAAUACUCAAACUUUGGCCUGCAUCAGCUGUGCGACCGUAUAUUGAAAGUGACGAUCAAACCUUCCAGAGAUGCCCAACUCGGAGAUUGGGGAGCGGAAACCUUAUGCGAUGAGCAGAUAUCCGAAGCCGCCAGAGAAGCUUUUGUCUGUCUUCGAAUGCGUUUGGUUGUGCUCGCUAUUGACGAAGAUAAAAAAUGGUUUGCACACCGGAUCAUGUAAUAGCAUUGAAAUGUAAAUUGGUCUCAGAUUGUAAAGGAAUUUGCUGAUUGGCUUUUAGGCCUUUCUAAAGUUGUUUCCGUAUGACGUUGUUCAACAGUACUAUACAAUAAUUCCCUUUUGCAUUCC